UGUGUAGAAGAUUUUUUAUUUUUUUAAAAAAAAUUUUUUUAUUUUUUUCAAACUUGCCUUUUUCCCUGUGCUGUCACAAAAAGCACAAAAGUGAAGUUUUAACCCUCCAUUUUAAACACACACCAACAUCCUCACAAACAUACAUAGAACAUAUUUUUCUUCAAAGUCCUUUGUUGCUUGGCUGCUUAGAGAUCUGGCCAUGCAUGAGCAAGAGAAAGCUUGUUGGUGAUUUAUAUCAGCACCACAGUGUGACGGAGUGGGGGAAAAUAGAAGAGUAUUUGAAGGCCUCUGUCAAUAUAACUCAUCGAGUGAGUGUUCCUUCAGGCCCACAGGACGAGCUGGUUGGAAGUGGGUUGAAAAGGGUGGACCCACUGAACCCAAACAGGAGGUAUCUGAGGGCCUAAUGGUGAAGUUAAGAAGUCAUUCAAGAAGAAAACUUGCCAGCCCUUAAAGAAAAUAGUGUCAUCAAGCAAUCUUCAAUUUCCUGGAAUUCAUUUUGUACCAAAGCUCAGUCGUGAUGUCCAACCAAGGAAAUGAUUGUUACUUUUACUACUACUCUACGUGCACUAAGGGUGACAGCUGUCCAUUUCGUCACUGCUCUGCUGCAUUGGGCAGUGAGACCGUAUGUACCUUGUGGCAAGAAGAACGUUGCUUCAGAAAGGUUUGCAAGUUUCGGCACAUGGAGAUAGAAAAAAAGCGAAGUGAGAUCCCUUGCUAUUGGGAGAAGCAGUCUGCUGGUUGUCAGAAGGUGAACUGUGCUUUUCACCAUGAGAAGCCUCGUAUUAUUAAUGGACAGUUUCUUCCUGCAAGUAAAGCACAUCUCAAAAAAGAAGUAGAAGAGGAAGAGCAGCAACCCCCCCAAACUGCAGUUCAGUCAUCUGCAUCUGCAAAUCCUCCAAAUCCCCAGCUGCGUGGGGUAAUGAAAGCUGAGAAUUCCGAGAAUGUUCCUAGCCCUACUCAUCCCCCAGUUGUCAUUAACCCUGUGGAUGAUGAUGAGGAUGAUGAUGAUCAGUUUUCUGAGGAGGGAGAAGAAGGAAAAACUGGAGUGGAAAGUUCAGAUGACCCACCAAAUUCGCUGCAGUUUAUUUCAGCAAGGUCAAUUGGAAAUUCAAAACAAGAUAGCACCUUCAAUUUCGGUAUUAAAACACUUGAAGAAUUAAGACUCAAAAAGGCAGUGACACAGAGCCAAAAGAAAACUGGUGACGGAUUGGAUUCUUUGAAUUCUGGUCAUGAAAAACAUCAGGCAGCCAUGGAGAAAGCAAAUUUGAGGACUGUGUGCCUGAGUUCUUCAUUUACCAAGGAAGUAGAAGGUAUUCUGCCAGUGAAAUGCACCAUUGCACAAAGGUUAAGCAAGAGAAAAGCUGAAAUUGAUGGGGAUGGUGUGGUAAUCAAAAAAGUUUUUCCAGCUGAAACGGAGAUAGUCCCAAAACGUAGUCUCAUGGAGAGACUAGGCCGGAAGCUGGAACCUCUUGAAGAUGGCACAGUUUCUAAAAAAGGUCCAAGUUCAAGGUCUAUCAAAGAUCGACUUGGUAUACCAGCUUAUGAGAGAACAACUGAAACAGAUAAUGGCAGUCCAGCAAAAACAAAAGGUGAUAUACAUGUGAAAACAUUGGAGGAAAUCCUCUUGGAGAAAGCCACAAAAUCAUUGGGUAGUGGGAGCCGAAACAGAUUUGCUCAGGCCUCAUCCGGAGUUGAUGAAAUUCUUGGGCGGAAAACCCAAAAUUCUUCAAAUAAUAACAGAGUGAAAACUUUUUCAGAAAUGCUUCAUGCCAAGAAACACCGCAAAGAACACAGUAAGAUUGUUGGAAGUUCCCAAGCUGAGUUGAUGGCCUCAAAUAGUGAGAGUGAGAGUGAAAGCUCUUCUCCCCAAACUGAAUUUAUUGAAAAAGGCUCUUUAUGUACUGAGGAGGUUCGAAUAAAGACACUAGAAGAGAUCCGCAAGGAGAAAGCAGCUCGCUUGCAGGCAUCCACUGUGGGUGGAAAUGCAGAAAAAAUUGUAACUCGCGAAGAUCAGAAAACUCAACCCAUUAUCAAGAGGCGAAUACUAAGAAUUGGCAAGACUAUAGUACCUAUGAAAAGCGGGAAGAAUGUACAACAAUGUGAAAACAUGACUUCUGGGCAAAUUACAGAACCUGUAUCCAGUAUAUAUGAGAAUGUGUCAUCUUCAGUUGACAAAGUACAGGUCAAAAGCUUUGAGGAAAUAAUGAGAGAGAAACGACUACGGAAAUCUCAGGAAAUCUCUGGGAGGGAGGAAACUACACCAGGAAAAAAGGAUAUUGUUCCACUGUCAUGUGUCCAAAGGUGUGAAAUGCAGGAAGCUGAGACUACUCCAAUCCCUGUCAUGAAGAGUGAUGCACUUUUAUCUGCCACCAACACUGCAAAUGAUACAGUCUCUGGCCCCAUAAAGAGACGGAGACUUGAUCCUGUGCUUCUUAAGCAGAACCAGAAAACCAAAGAUCCUUUGGAGGUACCCCACGUCAACCUAAAAAAGCUCUCCUCAAGCAAGAACCCUGAAAGUCCUGAAUUGCAACUUGCUUCUGUGCAGAACAGAGAGAAGUCUAAUCUCGCCAGUUUAGAAAUCGACAACGGCACCAGCAAGGAUCAAGACACACCUCAACGUAUUACACAGAUGGAAAUGCUUAAAGCAGUAGCAUCAGAGUGUAAACCAAAAGUGAGGCCAAAACUGAAUGUGAAGCCAUCAGUAAUGAAUCCUCCUCCAGUGAGACUUAGUCAAAAACGCAAAUCUCUUGAGAGCCAGCCUUCUGCCAUUGCUGCUGUCAAGCCUCUUAACAGUGCUGCCUCUUCCAUGGAAAAUAAAGGAUCUUCUAGCUGCAUAGUGCAGGCAUCAGGAUCUUCUGUUUCAUCUGAAGAUCAUCAAAUCAUGGUUAUAAAAGCACAGCUGGGUGAACCUCAACAGAAAAUAUCUCCUUUACAGAUUGCUCAUACAGAAACAGUGAAAAUUGCAUCCAAAGAGCCAGGGGUUCCAGAAAGCCCCUGUUCUCAGAAGUCAGCAUCCCAGAUGAAAACCCGCAGGCAAAGCUCUGCCUCUUCCCGGGUUUCUGUUGGGGCAGGGGGUCCUGUAGAUGACUUUGAAGAGUUCAUUAAGGAGUUCUCUGAUGACCCUCUAGAGGAUGAAAUUGAGCUAGACGCAGCAGAGGGAGAGGAUGAUCUACUUCUAGAGCUUUCCAAGAUCAUAAACAGUUAGUGACAGAAGCUGCCACUUGGACACCCCACUACCCCCACUUCUGAAACAAAUGUGCAUCCUUACUCCCAUAAUUCAUCCAGAAUGGGAUUUAUCCAUUUUUUUCAACAAUUGAGGUGCUACAACUGCACAACUGACUAGUGACAGUUCAUUUGAGAAGUCCUAUGUUAAGUAUACAUACAUUGAAAUAAAAAAUUCUCAGUUUUUUAAUGAGAAUGUAUAUAUUUGCACUGCCUUAAUUGUUUUAGGCUUUUAAAAUUAAUCAUCUUUUGACACUGCUCCAUGAAGCCUUGGCUUACAAUUUUAGCAUCAUGUAUUUUGAAUUUGUAAACAUUUACCAAUUAAAUGUUGUAACAUUAGUAUUUUAUGUUCCCAAAGGGAAUGAUAUUUCAGAUGCUGCAGUGGGAUAAUCUUGGUAUGGCACCAGACUUUUUGAUACAUAAAAUAAGCCUACUGCUUUUUUUUUUUUUUUUUGGGAUUGAGGGAUAAAAAAAAAAAUCGGGUGUCCCUUUUUUUUUUUUAAGACAAUCUUGGGAGAAUGGUGUAAGGGGUGGAGAUGUUGUGAGUCAAUUUUUUUUCCACCAGUGUAUGAUUUCUCACCCCAUUUAGGAAUACUGUUACAUCUUCCAUAUAAAUGCAUAUAAAAUUUGGGUAGGUCUUUGAAGUAAGGGAGUUGUGUUUUGGAGAUGUUUUUCCAAACUCAGUCAUUUAGCACAUUACUCUCCAGUGAGUGAAAUAAUUCAUUUGUUUGUUAUUGUGGUUUGUUAUUAACCAUGUCAUUUUCAUUUUUUUUCUGAUUUAGACCUGAUUUUAUUUGUUACACUACGUUUGUUUAUGCAUUUACUGUUUUAAAAAGAGGCAUUUCAGUCUCUCUGGUAUAGUAAUGACAUUAAACAAACUUAGCAUUAUAGGUAGCUCAUUUUAUGGACCAAUCCCUUUUUAGUAUGAGGCUUAAUUACUAGCCUUUUGUUGAAGUACAAUGCUUGAGUUACAUUAGUCACUUUUUUUUUGGGGUCAUGUAAAACAUGCUGUGAUAGUUUUGUUUCAUAUGGUCCCUGUUGAAUAUUAUUAACUGUAACAUGCAUUGAAGUUACAAAUUGUAAAAUUGUGUGUGUGUAUGUGUAUGUACACACUUUUGUAUAAAUGUUUUUUUAGAAACAUGUCUUAUUAGUAAACUAUAUCAAAUCUAAAGCUUCUCAGGGAAUCCACCUGCAAAAUCUAAUAGAAAGAGAAGGUGAAAGUUAGAAAUGCUUUACAGAAUCAUUUUGUGUGCAGCUAAUUAAGGAAAUACAAAGUAAUAUCUUGAAGAGCUAUACACACAUUUUUGUCAGGGAAGCUGAAACAGACCUUAUACUAAGCCAGGGUUUAAGCUCUUAAUUCUUUCCUUAAGAUUUCAGAAGUCUGAGACAACCUGAAUUAUUGUAACGUGUGCAUAUGGAUUGUUUUGGUUUUCUUGUACAUUUCCACGCAGCUUCUGUUUUAUUGUGCAUUCUGAAUCAUAUAUAAAUAAAACUAUUUUUUUAAAGCUAAAA